AUGACCUCCACAUUCUUCAUCCCGAGCUACCUGAAGGGUUCAAGGCACGCAGAGCGAUUAGAAGAGGCCUACAAGGCGAAGGUCCGAAUAGGUCGAGAUGGACGGAGCGACCCCUCUAGUAACCCCGGAAGCUUGUCUACAAGUUCCAGUAGUGUCAACCUACACAAGAUGGUACCGUCACACCGAGGAAUGACGCAUGAGAUUGUUGAAAGAGUGCCGGUUAUAGUCGAAGGGCCAGUGGCGCCACUGCCUUCAAGAUGGAACGACGCAGACAAACACCACGAGAUCUUGUUGAAGCAACCGGAAGGGCUGGACGUACAGCUGAACUCGGUGCUGAAGGGGCCACAGGAUGAGGGUGCGGCGAUUCGGACAGACCAUCCCAUGCCACGAGCAUGUGGCAUCUAUUAUUACGAAGUCACUGUACAGUCAAGAGGAAAGGAGAUAUUCGUUGCCAUAGGAUUCACGGACAAGAAGACACCGAUGAAUCGAUUGCCAGGCUGGGAGCCCAAUUCAUGGGCAUGGCACGGAGACGAUGGGAACAGCUUUUGUUGUCAACAAUCAGGGAAACCAUACGGACCGAAGUUUGUGAACGGCGACACCAUUGGGUGCGGAGUGAACUUUAGGGACGGCACUGCCUUCUUUACCAGAAACGGCACCUUCCUCAAGCAAGCCUUUAAAGACAUACGAUCAGACAUCAUAUACCCUGCAAUCGGUUUGAAGAAACCGGGUGAACUUUUGAAAGCAAACUUUGGCCAGACACCUUUCCUUUAUGACAUCGAUUCAAUGAUGAGGAGUGAGAAGUUGAUCAUCCAGAGACAGAUCUCAGCCGCUAGUAUCAAAUCACUGUCCGUCAAUCCGUCGGAGACCGAACAGACUUUGGUGCAGCGUUUGAUUAUGCAGUACCUGGCACACGACGGAUAUGUCGAGACUGCCCAGGCGUUUGCACAGGAAAUAACGAACGAGAACAGGGCGUUAACAGGUCAGGCUCCGCCAUAUGAUUGGUUGGUCACCGAAGAAGAUGUUCAUGCAGUCAAUCGACAAAAAAUACGAUCGGCCAUACUCGAGGGCAACAUCGACAAAGCGUUGAAACUGACGAAAACAUUUUAUCCUGCUGUUUUAGAAGACAAUGAAACAAUCGAGUUUCAACUUAAGAGAAGGAAGUUUAUUGAAAUGAUGAAGAAGAUUGCAGAUUUACAGUCUGCACUACCUUCUAAAUCUCGAAACAGCACGAACGGCCAUGCUAACGAUUACGAGGGUGUAUUUGACCAUCAAAUGGAGCUAGAUGAUCAGCUCAAUGCGGGAAAUGGACCCUCUGACUGGGACAAGAUGGACACUGAAGACGGCGACGUCCAUGAGCGUAUCGACCAGCUAACAAAUGAAGCUAUACAGUACGGCACGGAACUCAGGAGCGAAUUCAGCAAAGAUCCAAGAAGAGAGAUCACAAAGUCAUUGAAUACCGCAUUCGCGUUAAUGGCAUACCAUGACCCUAAAGACUCUGUCAUAGGGUCUAUGCUUAAUGAUGAGGAGAGGGUGUCUGUCGCAGAGGAGUUGAACAGCGCGAUUCUAGUAUCCCUUGGCAAAUCAUCAUCCGCGGCAUUGGAGCGUCUGUGUCAGCAGACCGAAGUUCUUGUCAGUGAACUGGGUGAGGCCGGUGGCGCUGGCGCAUUCAUAAACGUUCGCAAGGACUUUCUCCGUGAUUGA